UUUUUAUUCGUGAAUGACGAAAAUAGUACAUCCAAAUCCAAAUGAAGGAAGGACGUACAGAUGAUGGUGUGAAUCAUAUCACAUAAUAUUCUCGACCUUAUGAUAUCAUGCAAUCCACACCAUCACCAGCAUAUAGCCAGGAUCCAUAUAAAUAAAAAAUAAAGUAAUAAAAGCGCAAAGCACAAAGAGCGCAAAGUAAUUUGCGAGUCACCUUCUUCUUCAUCUUUUCUUCCUCCUCCUUUAUAAGCCUGCAAAUGUCAAUACCCAGAAGCAAGCAGCGAUAAUGGAGCUUCUAUCCCAAAUGUGGUCCCUCCUCGGCCUCCUCACCGUCCUCCAAAACAUCCUCCCCGCCCAGCUCCUCUCCCUCCUCCACUCCCUCUGGGAAUCCCUACAAGACGCCAUUACUCCCUACUCCUACUUCGACAUCCCGGAAUUCCUCGGCUCCUCUGCUAUCAACCCUAACGAUCUCUACCGCCAUGUUCAUCUCUACCUCUUUCACCAUCUCCUCCUUCACCCCCCAUCCCCUCCCCCUCGCCUCACCCUCUCUUCAUCCUCUCCUUCUUCCCCGCCCUCCUUCUCUCUCUCUCCCAACCACUCCCUCCACGACACCUUCGCCGGCCAUCGUCUUCUCUGGACCCAUCAUUCCGACUCCCUCCAUGACUCCCUCGAAGAACGCCGCUUCUUCUCCCUCCGCCUCCCCAAGCGCCAUUCCCACGCCAUCCUCCUCCCCUACCUUUCCCACCUCUCCUCCUCAGCUCGCAACCUCACAAUCACCUCCCGCGACCGCCGGAUUUUCACCAAUUCAUCUCCCAACUCAUGGUCCUCCGUCCCCUUCCGCCAUCCUGCGACAUUCCAAACCCUAGCCCUAAACCCUAACCUUCGCUCUUUUCUUCUCUCCGAUCUCGACUCCUUCGCGGCAGGACGUGAGUUCUAUACAAGGGUUGGUCGACCGUGGAAGCGAGGGUACUUCCUCCAUGGCCCUCCUGGAUCUGGUAAGUCCUCUUUAAUCGCCGCCAUGGCGAAUCAUCUUCAAUAUGACGUGUAUGACCUAGAACUCACCCGCGUGCCGCACAACUCUGCUCUCAAAUCCCUUCUCCUCCAAACCACCCCUCGUUCCAUUAUAGUGAUCGAGGACAUCGAUUGCUCCCUGCAAUUAGCUGGUGAGCGGUGUUCCAAGAAGCGGAAGGCGGAUGAUGACGAUGAGGGAUGGGAGAGGGUGACAUUAUCAGGGUUAUUGAAUUUUACAGAUGGGUUGUGGUCUUGCUGUGGGGAAGAGAAGCUGAUAGUGUUCACGACGAAUUAUAAGGGAGAGGUUGAUAAGGCACUGUUGAGGCCGGGAAGAAUGGAUGUCCAUGUGCAGCUGGGAGCUUGCGGGGGGCAUGAGAUGAGGGAGAUGGUGGAGAGGUAUGUUGGUGGGGAUUGGGAGGAGAUGAUGGAGGUUGCAGAGAGGUGGAUGAGGAAUGGAGCGGUGAUGACUGCGGCGGAGGUGGGGGAGGUGUUGUUGAGGAAUAAGGGGGAUGGGGAGGUGGCGGUGAAGGAGCUCGUGGGAGAGUUGGAGGGGAGGAUUAAUGGUGGCUGUUCGGAGGAGUUGGAAGAGGAGUGGGUGGGGGAGGAGGGGGAGGAGGAGGUGAUGGUGGGUAGGGAAAAGAGGAGGAGGGGGAGGAAUGGGUGUGCUGUAAGAGAAGCUAGUUGUAUGUGGGAGAAGCGGGUGCGGUUUCUCACCAGGUUGGGGAGCUUCACCAAGUCGGAAUCAGGAAGAAGGGGUGUGUAAGAAUUUAGAUCAUAGUCUGGAUCGUAUCACACCGUGUCUGACAAUGUGGGGGGUGAUUCAUGUCAUUGUCCGCAUAUGUCUUUGAUCAUGUGGUAUGAUUCAUGUCAUCGUUCACAUAACGUAUUUCUCGUAAGAAACACAAAACGGUUGCAUUUGUUGCGAGAUUUUGACUAACUACUUCAUUAGUUGUGCUAGUCCGUGAAUCAUUUUCUUGUUUAUUAUAUUUUUUUUUGUUUUGAUUCUCAACUAGUUUCUUCUUAUUAGCUUUUGUCAUAAAGUUUUUGGAAAUGUAGUGCUUUUAAACCAUAUUGUUUCUUCUCCAUGUUUGCAUUUGUGUUAUUGAAAGCUUGUAUGAUAGCAUGCAUGUGUGGGGUUGAAUAUUUGUAUUUUAGCAUAAAAGUCCAUGCUUUUGCAUAAAUGUGUGUUUUUUAUGUUAAGAAUGUGCAUAUGCAGGUAGGGCUAUAAAUCAAGUAAAUAUAAUCAAAUGU